UCCUCCUCCUAGUUCACGCCUCUGGCUGAUGUGCAAGGUUUUGCAGAGGCCAGGGACUUGUUUUCUGGGCUUGGCAAAAGUACAUAGGAAGAAUCCAGGGCUUCCCGGCUGGGAGGAGGGAGGAGAGCUGAAGAUCCCUGCCUUUGGCUCAGCUAAGCAAAGUGGGCAGCUCAGUGCUUGAAAGAGGAUUGUGCUCGCACUAGAUAUCAUAUCCAAAAAUUACAGGAUGCUUACAAAGUCAGGGCAGUGAUGCAGGAAUACUUCAAUUAUUGUUGUACAUUAUUAAUACUGUUGCCGGGCAAGAUCUGUGGUUCUCUGGUCAGCAAGUUCUGGCAAUGAAGCCACUGGCGCUGAUGCAAAGAAUUCUGGGAUGUCUGACAAUGAAAUGGAUGGAAGGACUCACAUUCCAUCUCUACUUAAUGCCCUUUUGUCCAGAAAUCGGGUCAUGCAAAUGAACUACUUGAAAAGUAAAGAACAAGGCUAUGGAAAGCUAAGCAGUGAUGAAGACCUCGAAAUAAUUGUUGAUCAGAAGCAGGUAGUAGGUGUAACCUUGAAGAAAAAAUGGCACUGUCUUCAAAAAAGUGACCUGACCCUGGCUUUGGGCAAAGGCUCUAGGGCUGCAGAUAAGGCUGUUGCCAUGGUGAUGAAGGAGAUACCGAGGGAGGAGUCUGCAGAAGAAAAGCCCCUCCUUACUGUGACAUCACAGCUGGUGAGUGAGCAGCAAGAAAGCAGACCUCUCCUGAGCCCCUCCAUCGAUGACUUCCUCUGUGAAACCAAAUCCGAGGCCAUUGCAAAGCCAGUAACGUCCAACACAGCCGUGUUGACCACUGGCUUGGAUCUCCUUGACCUGAGUGAACCUGUCUCUCAAACCCAAACCAAAGCCAAGAAAUCAGAGUCCUCAUCAAAGAGCUCAUCCCUCAAGAAGAAAGUUGAUGGCUCUGACCUCAUCAGUGCAGAUGCUGAGCAGAGGGCCCAGGCUCUCCGGGGCCCGGAGACAUCAUCCUUAGACUUAGUAGACAUUCAAACACAACUGGAAAAAUGGGAUGAUGUCAAGUUCCAUGGUGACCGAACCAGCAAGGGGCAUCUCAUGGCUGAAAGGAAGUCAUGCUCAUCUAGAACUGGAUCCAAAGAGCUCCUGUGGUCCUCAGAACAUAGAUCUCAGCCGGAGCUGAGCGCUGGGAAGAGUGCCCUCAACUCCGAGUCGGCUUCCGAGUUGGAACUUGUGGCUCCAGCACAGGCUCGCCUCACCAAAGAGCACCGCUGGGGGAGCGCUCUGCUCUCCAGGAACCAUUCCCUAGAAGAGGAGUUUGAAAGAGCAAAAGCAGCAGUAGAGUCAGACACGGAGUUCUGGGAUAAGAUGCAGGCAGAGUGGGAAGAAAUGGCCCGGAGGAACUGGAUAUCCGAGAACCAAGAAGCCCAGAACCAAGUCACCGUGUCGGCCAGUGAGAAGGGUUAUUACUUCCACACUGAAAACCCCUUCAAGGACUGGCCUGGAGCAUUUGAAGAAGGCUUAAAAAGGCUGAAGGAAGGAGACCUGCCUGUCACCAUCCUGUUCAUGGAAGCAGCAAUUCUUCAGGACCCUGGAGACGCUGAGGCAUGGCAGUUUCUUGGUAUAACCCAGGCAGAGAAUGAAAAUGAACAAGCAGCCAUUGUCGCCCUCCAGAGGUGCCUGGAGUUGCAGCCCAACAACUUGAAAGCUCUGAUGGCCUUGGCCGUGAGUUACACCAACACUGGCCAUCAACAGGAUGCCUGUGAAGCUCUGAAGAACUGGAUUAAGCAGAAUCCAAAGUACAAAUACCUUGUAAAGAACAAGAAGGGCUCUCCAGGCCUCACUCGGCGGAUGUCUAAGUCACCAGUUGACAGCUCUGUUCUGGAAGGGGUGAAGGAAUUAUACCUGGAAGCUGCCCACCAAAAUGGCGACAUGAUAGACCCGGACCUGCAAACAGGUCUUGGAGUUCUGUUCCACCUGAGCGGGGAGUUCAACAGAGCAAUCGAUGCAUUUAACGCUGCCUUAACUGUUAGGCCAGAGGAUUACUCACUGUGGAACCGUCUUGGGGCAACCCUGGCAAAUGGAGACCGCAGUGAGGAAGCUGUGGAGGCCUACACGAGAGCACUGGAGAUCCAGCCAGGCUUCAUCCGCUCCAGAUACAACCUGGGGAUCAGCUGCAUCAACCUGGGCGCCUACAGAGAAGCGGUAAGCAACUUUCUCACUGCCCUCAGUUUGCAAAGAAAGAGCAGGAACCAGCAACAAGUCCCUCACCCUGCCAUCUCGGGGAACAUCUGGGCUGCCCUCAGAAUUGCUCUGUCACUGAUGGACCAGCCAGAACUCUUCCAGGCAGCCAACCUUGGUGACUUGGAUGUCCUCCUAAGAGCUUUCAACUUGGAUCCUUAAAGGAAAAGGAGGGAAUACAGAAUAAGCCCUCAUCUGCUAUUAUACUUAAAAGGGACAAAACUAUUUUAUUAUGGAUUUCCAAAAAAAAAGAGAUUUUUUUAAAGGCUAAAGCAGAGAGUCAAAAGGCUGUGGUCAUAUAACCCAAGGGAAUUGAUUACUAUAGACAAUCCCUAGCCUCUGUUCAGAUCCAAAAGCACAAAGUCAAGGUUGGGUUCAAGAACUAAGAUUCUCCAAACAAGCCAAGAUAAGGUCACCAUGUAUACUCCUCCAAGUUACAAGUGGACUUUGAGUUAGUCCCUCCCCAGUCACAGCUGGUGGACUCACAGCUGGUGGCCCAUCUGAGGAGCCUGCCUGUUCAUGGGGCCUAGCAAGACAGUUUGUCUGCGGGCAGUGAACUCAGGCUGACUCAAAGGUGUCUGCGCCUUUCGAGAGACUGAACAUAGUCUGGGCCAUUGGCGCAUGCACACAUACAGCCCGAGUUAAGGCAGACAUCGCUUCCCCCUCCUCCUUUCAACUUUUUACUGUAAGCCGUUGUUUCCAGAGAGAGAAAGCGCUUUGCUGGCAACAGCAGUUUUUGCACUAGACGUUUUUGCUGUUCCCAAUGAAAUCCUGUCUAGGAUUGUAAAUAAGCACUUUAAUAUCUUAUUUAUGCCUUGCUGGGCUUCGGGUUUGUUGCUUGGCUUCUAACUUGGCGGAGGGUGGGGACUAGAAGAUUUGAGACAGAUUUGUUAGCUCAAUGGACCAAAUAAAAAAAUGACAAGAGUUUUUCUUAGUGUAGGGUUUUGAAGGCGUGUUGGCACAAAGUGUAAAUGUGUUAAACCCAGUUUCCUUUGCGUGCUUUCUGGGACUCUGUGGAUCUCAGUGGGAAGCAAGAUUCUGCCUCAGCAUUCUCCCUGCAGAAGGAAGCUUGGCAAUCCUGUGAUUUCUAAUGGGUUUGUGUUAACUUGUUUUCAUACCCUGUUUUCUGGCUUUCUAACUGCCCUGCACAAGAUACUCCUUUUAAACUGUUGCUAUUUUAAAUGGUAUUUCUUAAGCGUGAUAAAUACAUUUUUCCUAAAGUUGAUGUGUUUCCUCAAUUCCAUAAGAGCCCACACUGUCCACCUCCUGGAGUUGUGAGGGACAGAAGGUCACAUGUGUGACUGAGCUGCACUGGGUGGCAGAGUUGUCUCUGAAGAGGCGCCCCUUGGGCUCUAAUUUAAACACUCAGCAAGAGUCAGGCCUUUUCCACUGGCAGAGACACCUUAUUUAAUGGUUGGUCUUCCACGUAUUUCUUCAGCUUACUUUGUGGGUGUUUGGGACUCAGUGAUAAAUUUGUGGGUGGUUGGAGCUCAGUGGUUAUUUCAAAAGAUACACUUACGAAGAAUUAGAAUAAUGUUGGCAAAAGACUAACCAAAAUACCAUUUUGCUUGGCUCUGAUGUUAGCAAAUUUCCCUGUUUUUCUUCACGUGUGCCCUUCCCACCUCCAGACUCUUCCUGGAAGUAGCCUGGUCCCAACUUUUUCAUGUUCUUUGCUUACUAAGAGCUCACCCCACCAACAACUGUCGCUACCAAAAACCAUAUUUUGAGUCAAAGCGGAUUAAUUAACUAUGUAAUUAUCUACUCCUGGUUGAAAAUGUGCCCAGAGGCUGACUGAGCCCCUCCAUCACUGUGGAGUCCUCUGGAUUGUGAGAGACCUGAAGUUCACAGGCAUCCAUUCCUGGGCACGGCAACAACUCAUGCUAGCCUUUAGCAGCUGAACCAUCUCUCCAUCCAUGGUUCAUGCUUUCUAUUAGUCUGGGCAGCAAAGGAAAGGUCAAAUGUAUUUUGAAGAACAGAUUUUCUAGACCAGUGGUUCUCAACUUGUGGGUCACAACUCCUUCGGUAAAAUUCUAUCUCCAAAAAUAUUUAUAUUAUGAUUCAUAACAGUGGCAUUGCUAUGAAGUAACAAUGAGAAUAAUUUUAUGGUUAGGGGGUUACCACAGAAAGAAGAACUGUAUUAAAGGGUCACAGCAUUAGGAUGGUUGAGAACCACUGCUCUAGACUGUUAGAAACACUGGGAAGACCUCUUCGGACCAGACUGUAGACUAUCAGCUUGAAUGUUGCUGAUAGUGUUGUGACCAUUCCUACCUCCUUCCUCACUCCAAGUGUCACCUGUUGGCCACCUGAUUUGAUUCCCUCAGAGACCCUCCCAAGCCUGUAAACAAAAAGGUUCAAAGCAACCUUCAUGGCCAUUCUGUUCAUAACACUCCCCAGGCCCUGGUCUUGCAAGGAUAAUGACCUACCACACCCUCAGCCCAAUCACUUCACACAGGAGCUGAGUCUUAGCCUGACUAGCGCAAAUGUGGGGAGUUUCAUUUCAUUUGACUGUUGCUAAGUAGCGCCACAUAUCGUGGCCCAAGUUUAUUUUACCGAGAUACCAAGUAACUUCAAACUCUAGGGAGUUAUGUUAGAAGACAGUUGACAAUUAUCCACCUCACCAUUAUAUAACAUUUUGUAGAACAUUUUGUGGACUUUCUCCAAUCUGUUAGUUAGUUCUGUCCAUAACAAUUAAGAUUUUUGUAGACUACCACCUAUCGGGAAGUCCAAAAUUAUUUGCCUAAGAGGGAAAGAGUUGCACUUCGCAAUGCUAUGGUGAUGAUAAUAAGUACAAACCAAUAACUAAAAAGUAGAACCUUGUAUAAACAGAGCCAUAGCAGACAUUAAGCAAUGAGACUUUAGUGUCUUUCCCAUGGCAUUGGCAUCUUUUCGUGGUAUUUUUAAAUGCAGAAGUGUCGAGGACUUUUCAUUUUCACAGCAAGAAAUCUGCCUUUUGUCUUUCUGUUUGAAAUUCUUUUGAGGUCCUGGGGGAGGAUCUUAAGGAUGGUACUCAUUCAUACAAUGGCCACUCAGUAGCUUCCAGGGACUGAUUUUGCCAGUAAAUUGGAUGAAAAUGUAGAGAAAGCCAUUAAUCACUGCUGAGUUUCAAAAUGUUACAAGUUUUGAUAGAACAUCUGUAUGCAAAGAAGAGGCAGAAGAAAAAGGGACUGGAGAUGUAGCUCAGUGCAUCCCAGAACUACAUAAACCAACCACGGUGGUAUAAAGCUGCAGUCUCAGCACUUGGGACAUGGAAGCAGGAAGAUCAGGUGACUACAGUCAUGCUGGACUCUAGGAGACCAUGUACAGCUGAGGAGUAAGGAACCUUCUAACCCAAUCAUUCUCGGUAACUCUGCAUUCUCUGUACUUCAUCCCAACAGCCCUCCCUACAACCCACCGGAAACUUUAAUAUCUAACAAUGAAGUGCACUUCCCAGCCAGUCUGAUGUCUGCCAGAAUUGGGUAGGAACAUCCAGAAUACACUCACUCUCAGACUUCCAUGCCAUUUCUAUUUAUAUUGAGAGAUCAUGCUGACUCUUAGAUCAAUAUCCAAAUUCUCUUUUAGAUAAGUCGUGCUGGCGUAUCCUCACCAUAUGGAAAAGGCUUGACUGUAAUUGUAGCUCAUCUCACAGUUCCCAAACCCCUCACCAUAAAGUUUAUCUGUGCACUCCUGGGGGACCAGAGGAAAGUGGAUGGUCACUCUGUGUCCUCAUCUCUCUGCUUCCACACAGUGGAAUUAACUUAGCACUGCGAUGGUGGUAGUAUUUUCUUUCCUGUCCUGACAUGCUUCUAGAAGCAGUCUAGAAACCAGGUUUUUGGAAUAUUUAAUUCAUGUGCCAUCUUUCUAAGACCUUUUAUUUUGAAAAUGAAGACACAGGCAACACCCACAACUUCAACCUUGUAACAUAGCUUCAAACCGGUUCCCUAUGCAAAUGUUCCUGCACAAUGCCCUUCUCAUCCCACUAUUUACAGGACUGGCUGAAUUAAGCUGUUUUGAACUAAGAAGUAGAUACGUAUAUUUUUAAAGAAUGUUCAUAGAUCAACUCUGGCAUAAAGUUUGUAAAAAGGCAAUUUUUAAAAAGCAAAACAUAUAACCUCAGGUACAAAACUAUUGCAUGCAUCAGUACUUAAAAAUCCGCCUAUGACUAUUAACCAAAGCAUGCAGGAUACUUUACCAAAUGUAAACUGGCCCACUUGCCCUGUGCAUGACUGGUGUCAUAGGCUAGCUUGUCUUUCCACUCUUCUCAACAAACAAGCACUUCCUAGUGUUCCAGUAUUUUCUAUGUGCUUCCCCAUCUCACCCUGCAGACGGUUAGCCUGCUAUCACAUUGGCAAUGACUGAUGAUCACAGGUUGGCACAUACCCUGUUACUGACAGUCCCAGCUCAAUCUUCUGAGGGAUCCAGGUAUAGACAUGGGUCCUUAAAAACCCAUGUGAAGCUUGACAGAGCUAAAACUGUGACAAAGACAUACAGUUGUCUCUGCACACGAAGCUCUAAAUUCCUGAUAGUGUAUUUCAAGGUUUCUUUUCAAAAAGUUUAGGGAAAAUUUUGAAAACAUUGGGAUUCUAACUUUUUCGGGGAGGUUCAAGUGAUGCCAUGCACACGGAGAUUGCCCUGAGACAAAGUGGAGAUGGGGCCUUUGUUUCCCAUUGGGAUAGUACGUCACAGAGUAGAGGGUAGGUUACUGUUCUGUUUGCGAGGUCAAAGUCCCUCUCCCUUCGGAAACUAGAUUUGAUCAGCCUGACCGAAAACACUCCAGGGGUAGGGAGAUGAUUCUAUAGCCAAUGUCUUCUCUCUGUCUUUUCCUAAACCCCAGUUUUAUGAAAAGGCUGGGAAGUCUAGUGGGACCAGUGCUGGGGACAUAGUCCUACUGGUUUACUGCUUGUCUCCCAUGCACACAGCUGUCGGUUUGAUCUGGGCAUGGUGGCACACAUCCAUAAUCUCAGCAAGUGGGAGGUGGGGGCAGGAAGGUCGGGAAUUCAAGGUCAUCCUUGGCCAUAUGGAGCACAAGACCAUCCUGUGCAAUAUAGGACACUGUCUCAAAAAAAUUAAAAGGACUUUGAUUUGCGUCAUAUGUGAAAAACAACAUUUUUUACCCUUUCAUAAUGUCCCGUGCCCUCCCACACACAAGCCCAGAGUCUACACACUACUCUUUCCCCACACAGAGAAAGACCAUGGUGUGCAGGCAGUAAAAAAUUAAGAGGAAAGCACCAGGAAAUCAAAGUGUGAGGCUUAAUAGUUUCUCACACUGCACAUAGAUGCUGCAGUUGCUACAGAAACACCAAGUGAAAUGCUCUGGAGACCAGUGCCCCAGCCUCAGGACCAAGUGAAAUGCCUGGAGACCAGUGCCCCAGCCUCAGGACCAAGUGAAAUGCCUGCAGACCAGUGCCCCAGCCUCAGGACCUCCAGAGCCAGGGAAAGGGUAGCUGAGUAUCCCUCAGCAAGACAGAGAGACAGCACUAGAGAAACUUCACUGAAAUGCAUCUUUGAGGUUGGUUUGGUUUUUUUUUUUGAUUGAUGGGAGAGGGACUGGCAGGCACACGGUAGAAAACUGGGUAUCUGCCAUCCUCACUGAGACUCAGGACAUUCUUUCAUAGGGAUUUUGAGAGGACUGUGCCCUGUGAUCAGCGAGUUCAUGACCAUCAUGUUACCAUCAGUAAAGACACCACAGCCUAAAAUCAGCCUUUCUUCUCCGCUUCAUCAUCCGACCCAAGCCCUCCUCGACUUUCAUUACCUAACUGUUUACAUCAGUUGAAAAAAAUAGCUGAAUAAUUCAGUAACUUUUUACAACCUGUAAGAAGUGUUUAUUAACUAUUUAGAAACAUUUCUAUCUAUUUUAUAUAUCUAUGAAUACUGCAUAUCUAGUCUAACCUAAAAAUUGUGUUUUAAGAAAAGUGCCAUGAUGCUUUCCUUACUGUGCUCAAUAUCUUUAAAAAUCUGGGAGUUUCAUCUUCAGGCUGACAUAGGUAACAGAAAAACUGAACUUUAAAAGUUUACACUGAAUUUCUAAAUUAAUACCAACCCCAAAUUAAGUUAUCUGUAGUCAACUAAUGGCAAGGGAGAUUUGAAUAUUAUUGGCAUACUCUGAGAUAAUGUUUCUAUGGCACAGUGAAUGCACGCAGCCUACGCUGUCAUGUAGUAAGCCCUUGUCAUAGUCUUUCUCUGCAUUGCCUUUGGAAAUAAAACUACUAUAAAAAUAACCACUUGUCCUACUGAUGUGUUAAUUCACUCAGAUGACUUAUAAUUCGCAAAAUACUGAGCCUGAGGUAGUACGUUCAUACCUUAUUGAAGGCACACCUUCCUUUUUCACAUUAUUAACCUGUAUUUACAUCUGUGCGGUUUAAAACUAUGUUUCCAAAUAAAUUUUCUGUGGCUUUAUGGUCUUUUCAGGACUCUCUCAAGAUGGGAUUUCAGGUCAGAACCACUUAAAGCCAAGUAGAAACCAAUUACUACUGCUUUAAGAAAUAUCUUUCAUUGAGUAUCACUACAUAUAAUUUUGCAUGAAUCAUCUGGAAAGCAGAAUGCAUUUGUAGAUGAACCACAAAUCUUGAAAACUGUUUCCUUUGUUAAUUUUUUAAGACUAAAAUAUUAACCUAAAAUUGAAAUUUGUGAUCUUUUUAAAUAAAAGCAUUAAAAUAUG